GGUUGCCUCGCGAUGUUUCAACCGGAACUCAAAAUGGCGACCGAUCACAGGCGCUGAUUCAGAGCAGGGCUAUCUUCUGUGUGCGAACAUUUCUUUACUAUUAAUAACAUGCGAUGGAAGUUCGUUGUCCUUUUUUGGCUCAACAAAACAAACAUAUUAUGACAUCUUAACAGCAAAUAUUUCUAUUUGUUUGUGUUACGGAUUAAAAGCAAACAGCGCAUCUUGAACAGUGGAAAUGGCAGAGGAACGGCGACAGAAGCAAUGUUCAGUCAGUCUUCCCACAGAGUCCAUGAAAGCCAUGGCAGAGUCUGUUGGUGUGGGACAGCUCCAGGAGGAUAGCUGCGUUGCCCUGAGUGAAGAAGUCAGCUACAGGAUAAAAGAAAUUGCUCAGGAUGCACUCAAGUUUAUGCAUCAUGGAAAAAGACGAAAAUUAACAACAAGUGAUAUAGAUAAUGCCCUAAAGCUCAAGAAUGUUGAGCCCCUCUAUGGGUUUCAGUCCCAAGAGUUUAUUCCAUUUCGUUUUGCAAGUGGUGGUGGAAGGGAACUACAUUUUUAUGAAGAAAAGGAAGUGGAUCUCAGUGACAUAAUCAACACACCACUCCCCAGAGUUCCACUUGAUGUCUCCCUAAAAGCUCACUGGUUAAGUAUUGAAGGGAUGCAGCCAUCAAUUCCAGAAAAUCCACCACCAGCAUCAAAAGAGCAACAGAAGACAGAAUCAACAGAACCUCUCAAAGUUGUCAAGCCUGGUCAGGAAGAGGAUGGUGCUAUUCAGGGAAAAGGUCAAGGUGGAACAACUGCCGACGGCAAAGGAAAAGAGAAGGGACUGAUCAGGCUAAAGCCACGCAGCACACACGAGCUCUCAGUGGAGCAGCAGCUCUACUACAAGGAAAUUACUGAAGCUUGUGUCGGCUCCUGUGAAGCAAAGAGAGCUGAGGCAUUACAGAGUAUUGCAACUGAUCCGGGCUUGUACCAGAUGCUUCCAAGAUUUAGCACAUUUAUUUCUGAAGGGGUCCGUGUAAAUGUGGUACAAAACAACUUGGCUCUCCUAAUUUAUCUGAUGAGAAUGGUCAAAGCUCUAAUGGACAACCCUACUCUGUACUUGGAGAAAUAUUUGCAUGAGCUCAUUCCAGCUGUUGUGACCUGUAUUGUAAGUAAGCAGCUGUGUUUGAGACCUGAUGUUGACAACCACUGGGCGUUACGAGACUUUGCUGCUCGACUAAUGGCCCAGAGCUGUAAAACCUUCAGUACAACAACAAACAACAUCCAGUCUCGAAUCACAAAGACAUUUACAAAGAGUUUGCUAGACGAUAAAACCCAGUGGACAACACGAUAUGGCUGCAUUGCUGGACUUGCAGAAUUGGGACCUGAUGUCAUUAAAACACUUAUUCUUCCUCGGCUUGCUGUAGAGGGUGCUCGCAUCAAGGCAGUGAUGGAAGGGCCGGUGAUUUCCAAUAUUGAUAAAAUAGGAGCUGACCAUGUUCAAAGCCUUUUACUGAAACACUGUGCCAGUGUUAUUGCAAAGAUCCGUCCUCAGCCUGAUAAUGUGGAACAAUACCGUGUGGACUAUGGUUACCUUGGACCAAUGCUUUGCUCUCAUGUAGUGAAGGCUAGAAACCAGGCAGCACUCCAGGCACAGCAAGUCAACAGAACUACAUUAACAAUCACACAACCGCGGCCAACCCUCUCAGUCUCUCAAACUGGGUUAAGUGGAUCAACAGGACCUCGAACUCCCAGCAUCAUCAAGGUCCCUAGUUCCCUAACUCUGAUGUCGCCUCGUCCUGGGACGCCUUCUCAGCCUUCUCCACCUGCCACCAAAUACAUUGUGAUGGGCACUAGUGCAGGAGCUGCUUCUACUCAGCAGGUGAUCACCCUCAGCUCUUCUCAAACAGCCUCUCCAGUCACCAGCACAGUUCCCAGCGCCUCAUCUACCUUGCAGCCUUUAGUAAAACUAGAGUCUGGAAGUGGGUCUGCAUUGACUGCAUCUAGGCCUCUGCAGAAAUACAUUGUUGUGUCAUUACCGACAUCUGCCUCUUCUUCAUUGGAGACGAAAAGCUCAGUGCUUUCAACCUCCAUUUCCUCAUCUUUAGAUCCGGGGAUUAACCGGUCCGACUCACCUGGAGCAAGCACACAGUCACCACACUGACACAUUUUAAUAUUUUAAGACAUUGGUGAAGCUGGACACACAUAACUAUCUCAAAAUCCUUGAUGGACACCAUCUGAACUCUUACAGAGCAGAAAUAUGACAAAUUGUAAAUACAAGAAUGUCCAGUGGAAACAUGGUCUCUUCGUAUAUUAUUAUUAUAGAUUUUCUGAUUGUUUUUUACUCCAGAAUAAAUCUGUUUUGUAUAAAUGACACAUUUUUGUGAACAACUGUUGUGCAUCUUUUAUUUGUAUGUCAGUGUGACUGAAUAUCUUAUGCAAAAAUAAAAUAUUUUUUCUAUUUCUGGUGACACAACACA